CCCGGGUUCGACUCCCGGUAUGGGAAUGAAAUUUUUUCCUUAGGAGUUCUUUAAUUGCAAUAUGAACAAUUAAAUUUCGCUUUAAGUUUGGUGCAAGAAGCUUUGUAAGAUGCAGUACUGCCCAAACGAGAAUGUGUCUAAAUUUACAAUACCGUGCAACAAAUUUGCACUUCUGAUUUUCGGCUUUAGCUAAAGAUUUAGUUGAAAAUGGCGUACACAUAAAUAGAGGCUACAGCUGUCUAACACGAAACAAAGCAGACACGGUCGGAUACGUUGUCAACUCACUUGAUGUGGUUUAUGUACAACAAAACAUGUUUAGCAUAGUUGCUUGUGUAAAUACUCUGUAAAUUUAACCUGUAAACGUGGCCGUUGUUCACAGGUACAGAAACCCGGAAAUAUCGUCACCUUCUAUCAGCUGACUCGCUGUCAUGUGACUUACAAUGGCGACGCGGUGAAUGGAGAAAAUACAGGAUAACAUACAAUAAAAACACACAAAUAAUGACGCUUUAUCACAAUAUUUGAUCGAUUCUGUUAUACUGCACGAAGCUGAUUGUCGCUGUCUGAAAUAUAUUAGCUUUCGUUAAACCUCAGCUGCGAAUUACACGUGUGGAAAUGGGUCUAGAUCCUGCUUCUCUCCGCUUAGACCAGCAGUUACUUCAGUUUAUGGAUCAGCUUGAGAUCUUGGAGGAGAAAAGACAAAAACUUAACACGCUCAUAGAAGAGGGAUGGUUUAACAUUUCCAAGGCACGUUACUCGAUGGGGAACAAGCGUGUCUCCGCCCUGCAGUAUGCCAGUGACAUGGAGCCACUUGUACAUGUUUAUGAAAGCCAGACAGAAAAGGGUGAUGCGGAGUUCAAGUGUGUGCGAACAGAAGACAAAGCAGAAGAACUCAGAGAGAGUGAUAUAGUAGAGACCAUAGGGCCAGCAGAGGGAGGCCUUAGAAGGCGGGUAAACAUUAAAAACAAAGAAAAUAAGGAAGAAAAAGACACUUCUAAAGAUGAAUGUGAGAAGGAACCUCAGUUUAACUCAACGAGUGAGAAAUCUCCAUGUCAACAUCAAGAUCCUCUGAAAUGGUUUGGGAUCCUUGUCCCACAAAACCUUAAGCAAGCUCAGACAGCUUUUAAAGAAGUCAUUACUCUAGCAGCUGAGAUCUCAACCCUGCAGAGUGCGAUUGUGAAAACUAGAUUGGAGAUGCAGUCUCAGAUGAAGGAUAAACAGAAGAUUGUCUCUGAAUUGAAAGAAUAACGCAUCAUACAUGAGUGUUUAGUUUGUUUUUCCUAAUUUUAUAUUUAUUUCUCAGAUGUUGUACCAGUCCCUUUUAUGUACUACAAUGUGAGUGAUUCUUUACUUGGGGGGGGGGGGGGGAAUAAAUCUUGUAAUAAACUUUUUAAUGCAGUGAUAAAUUGUGGUUAACAAAUGCAUGUUUACACAGCUACCCAUUUACCUGUCAAUCAGCUACAGCAGUGAAAAAUAGUAAGAAACCUUAAUUUAAAACUUUUUUCAUACUUAAUUUUGCUAAUUGUUACAUUUCAAAUGAGGGUUUCUAAAAUUUUCCUAAACUGUUGGAUAUUUCUAUGUUGAAUUUCUGGCAACUGACCAAAAAACCCCAAAGAUUUUGGACCAAAAUUAGAGUUGCUCUGCAAAUAUUUAACAAAUAAAUUACUGAAAAAUACAAUAGUUGUUUUAGAUGCUGUUUAGUUUUAUGGUGUCUUAGUCGAAAUAUAGAAUGGCAUGGUGCUUAUGUUUUAAAGAAUGAUAAUUAUGUUAUCAGUUAUGGAAGUAUUUUCCAGACUAUUUUCAAAACUAAUUGCAAAUUGUAUUUGCAAUUGUGUUUUCUAUUUGUGGAUGCAUAAAUUGACAUAAUUAGAAUGAAAAUUGCACACCGCGUAUUACUAUUUGCAUUUUCAUUUACACAAACGUACAACAUCUGUCAAAUUUAAAAUGGAAAAGCAAAGUCCAUUUGCAAUUUCAUUUCCCAUGACGAGUUAUGACCCUGUCAUAUCAAAAUAACAAUAGAAAUGACUCCUUUUUCUAUUUCACUUCCUCAGUGUGGGGAGCACAGUGGCUUAGUAGUUAACAUGUUUGUCUCACACUAUCAGGGUUGGGGCUUUGAUUCCCACUGCCACCCUUUGUGUGUGGAGCUUGCAUGUUCUCCCCAUGUUUUGGUGCUCCAGGCACUCCAGUUUCCUCUCCCAGUCCAAAGAUGUGCUGUAUGAUUACCAAAUUGGUUUGACUGUGAUUAUGCCCUGUGAUGGGUUGGCACCCCACCUUGUGCCCAGAGUUCCCUGGGACAGAUUCCAGGCAACCCACAGCCCUGUGUAGGAUAAGUGGUACAGAAUAUGGAUGGAUGGACUUCCUCAGUGUCACAUAUGGAGCCUGCCAAAAUUCAAAUGGAAUUGCCUUGUUGGGAGUGGGAGUAUACUUUGGGGUGUGUUUUGUAUUUUGAAGUGACUUCAAUCACAGUCCACCACAUUUCAGAGCGCCUUGCGGUCGAUGCCCAAGAAGGAAAAUGUGCUGAACAGACAAUUGUGCUGCCAAAUACAAACACUCCCCAUAGUAUACUCCCACCCCCAACAUUGAUUGACAGGUUUAUGUGCAAGGCAUCGGAAAUGAAAAUACAAAGGGAACUGUGAUUCCAUUUGAGUUUUGGCAGGCUCCAUACACAACACUGAUUAAGUGAAAUAGCAAACAAGGUAACUGCUAUUUCGAUAUGACAGAGUCAUAACUCAUAAGACAUGGUAAAUUCAGUUGCAGAUGGACUUUGCUUUUCCAUUUGAAAUUUGGCAGACGUUGUACGUUUGUGUAAAUGAAGUAAGUCACAAUUUAUGCAUCCACAAAUAGAAAAUGCAAUUGGAAAUACAAUUUAUAAAUAGAAAAUAGUCUGGAAAAUAAUUCCAUAAUCAGUGUUUAUGAUAAAUAAAUGUAAAAGGAAUUAAAUUAUUUUAGUGUUAUUAAAGACAAUGAAAUAUCAGUUGCCUUGACUGCUUUCAAAAUACUGGUAUUGGCAUCAUGAAAAACAUUGGCCAUCCACUAGUAUUAAUUUGUACUUCACUUAAAACGGGGUUAGAAAUCUUUGCUUAAAGAGACACUGUUGUCAGUCUGGUCCAAAGAGUGAUGUCAGAAUCUAGCCACCUGUAUACUUAUCCAUAGAAGAAAAAUAUAUGGAUGACAGAAUGCCAAAUUGAAAACAUAUGUAUCAUUGAAUGUAUCACUAUAUCUUUCAAAAUAUUCCUUUGUAAAUAAACAAAUGCAUCAAUC